CUUGUCAAUUAAGAGAAAGGAAGGAGAAUUUGAACAAAAAAAAAAAAGAAAGGAAGGAGAAAAGGAGAGAAGGAAGGCCAAAGCUGCGGCUCGUCGACGGCGGGAACGUAGAACAAUGUUUAAAACCCUCUCUUCCUGUCGAUCUGUGAAUAUCAGAAGAUUGAAAGUUGUGGAAGAUGGAGUUCUGUCCGACUUGUGGGAACUUGCUGCGUUACGGUAAAUCACAGUUCAUCUGCUCAACAUGUCCUUACAUCGCCCGCAUUGAAAGACAGGUGGAGAUAAAGAAGAAGCAAUUGCUGGUUAAGAAAUCCAUAGAUCCUGUUGUCAAGAAAGACGACAUUCCACAAGGACCUGAAACUGAAGCGCCAUGCCCAAGAUGCGGGCACGACAAGGCAUACUUCAAAACAAUGCAGAUUCGUUCAGCGGAUGAGCCGGAAUCGAGAUUUUAUCGAUGCGUCAAGUGCGAGCAAACUUGGCGUGAGGAAUGAUCACCGGUGGUCUAAACAUUAAUAAUGUCGCCCUUUGAUUAGACGUGAAGUCUUUGAGUUUUUUUUUUUUUUUGUUCUACCAUUGUCAGCAAAUUUUGUUUGGGAUUAUUGUUAAGCUCAA